GCUCAUAUGAGGGAGCUGCCCCUGUCAGUACAGUACAGACGCGCCUCAGCAGCAGCAGCCCAGCGGCCGCAGAUUCACCGAAACACUGACACUGAGACGCAAGUGGAGGAAUAUGACACACAUCUGAGAAAAGAAAGGUCAAUGUUGCUACUAAAGCGGCUCUCUGGGGUAGUUCUCUGAGGCCCGUCUCUAUAGCAACCCAUUCCUCCUCCUGAGUACUGCUGCCAACUUACCCUCUCUGCCACACGACCAAUCUCUCCUCAUCCCCCUGGCCAAUUGCCGGCUCUGAACCGCGUUGGAAUGGACACUGAGUCGACCCACUCGGGCUACUCGUAUCACUCCAGCCGCUCGGGGAGAUCAAACCGACAUGGGGAUCGAAGCCGUGAGCGACACAAGGUCACCAGCAGUAAAGACAGCAUUCGCUCUGAGAGGUCGGUCGUCAUCAACCCCCCUGACACGCCCUCCCAGGAGUCCCCCGUUCACAAUGGAGAGCCGCUGCCAGGAGAACCUACACCAGCAGAAGAACAGGGGGAUGAGGCCCAGGAUGAUAACUGGGGGGAAACCACCACCGCAGUGACAGGCACUUCAGAGCUGAGUAUUUCCCAGGAGGAAGUGGUUGGACUGGGGAAGGGAUUGCACGACCGGACCAAGGGCUUCCGCCGUUAUCUUCCCCUGGCUCUGGGCUCGUGUGUGGGACUGCUGGUGGUGGCCACGCCCCUGGCCUUCCUGCUUCUUCCGGCUCUUAUGUGGCCAGACAGACUGCAGGCUUGUGGCACAGCCUGUGAGGGCCUCUUCCUCUCCAUCGCCUUCAAGCUCCUCAUCCUUCUGAUGGCUAUGUGGGCCUUGUUUCUCAAGCCAGGACGUGCAAGCCUUCCCAGAGUGUGUGUGUACCGUGCCUUCCUCUCCACACUUACACUCCUGCUCACCAUGUCUUAUUGGCUCUUCUAUGGGGUCCGGAUCCUUGAUGCACAGGAUGAGGACUACCAUGGGAUCGUCCAGUUUUCUGUGUCCCUCGUGGACUCCCAACUGUUUGUCCAUUACCUGGCAGUGGUGCUGCUGGAGCUCCGCCACCUCCAGCCCUGCUACAGCGUGGGUGUCAUCCGCUCAACAGAUGGAGAGACACGUCACUACAACAUAGGACAGCUAAGCAUUCAAAAGGCUGCCCUGUCCAUUUUGGAGUAUUACUACAGAGAUUUCCCUCUCCAUAACCCAGCCCUUCUCUCUGCCUCGAAGCACCGGGCUGCCAAACACCUGGCCGGGUUGAAGGUCUACAACGUGGACGCCCCGGGGAACACAGCUGGUGCUCAGCCUGGUAAUGGGAAUCAGUCCCGGGCCAUGGUUACAGCUGCCGCCAAACGCAAAGACAGCGCCCACAAUGAGCUGUACUACGAAGAGGCCGACUACGAGAGAAGAGUCCGUAAACGUAGAGCCAGGCUGGUGGUGGCUGUGGAGGAGGCCUUCACACACAUCCGGCGGAUGAAAAAAGAGGACGAGCGUGAAACACCGUCUGACAUCAUGGAUGUGCGUGAAGCAGCUCUGGCUAUAUUUCCCUCCAUGGCCCGUGCCCUGCAGAAGUACCUCCGCACCACCAGGAGGCAGCACUGCCACAGUAUGGAGAGCAUCCAGAAGCACCUCGCUUUCUGCCUCAUCAACAACAUGAGCCCUAAGGCGUUCCUUGAGACCUACCUGGCCCCCGGUCCAACCCUGCAGUACGGCCCUGAGCGCUGGAUGGCUGACCAGUGGACUUUGGUCAGCGAGGCUUCUGUCACCGGCGGCGUAAAGGAGGGGUCGGAGUUCCUGCUAAGGUGUCUUGACUUUAGCUUAGCUGUGACCGUCAAGGGCAUCCCUUACAUCCGACUGACUGAGGAGUUCAUCGACGCCAAGUCUCACAAGUUUAUACUGCUGCUCCAAUCAGAAACCUCAGUUUAACACAGUAUAGUGCUGCUGAUAUGGAUUUACAGGACUGUUUCAAUUAUUUGACUGAAUUUUUCAAAAAAAUAACUUUUUGUACUGUUUUUUGUACUUACGUUUAUGUAAUUUCCUCACAUAGAGUAUGUUUGUGUCCUUGUCUUUGUCCCGGUCGACAUGAAAGACGAUAAAAGACAGAUAACGGGAGGGAAUAUGCUUGGAUUUCUCUGUCCUGACGUUUGCAGAACACAGUAAAGGUAUUCCUCUAUGCACGACAGAUGACCCUCACAAAUGUUCUUCUUCCUUUUAAUUGCAUGUGCCAGUGUGUGCCUGCGUGGGGGAGUUCAUGAUUUAGUGCGUGUGAUUUAGGAUGGAAAAAACCUGUGUGUUUCGAGUGUAGUGUACACUCUGAAUCUGUCUCGACCUGUCUCUUCUUUCUCCUUAGCGUUACUAUAGUGACCAGGAUAUUUGGUAUAACCCGAACCCUUUUCACCAAAACUGCUCUUUUUCAGACUUAUCAACGAUUAUUUAACUGUCCUGUAUUACAGAUGUAUGUACAGUAUUUAUAUGUGAAUAUACUUUAUCCUUCCAGACUUUUUAUAUCAAAAUUGUGCAUUGCUUGAAUGAUUUUUUUUACUUUGUCAAAGAUUUUUUCUUUUUUACCUUGUAUUUGCGCUGUAUUUGUGGCGAUAACUGGACUGUGAACAGAUGAAGAAAUGUUUGUAAAUGUCAUGAUCACUGGAAUCUCUUGGACUGAAUGCCAAUCACAGUACAGCUGAAUAUAGAUGGUUUAGCCAAUAGAUUGUGAAUAAACACAUGACUACUUAUUAUGUGUGUGUGCAGUUAAGUGUGUGCAGUGUACACUGAUCUUUUUGUAGGGUAGCAGAGAGGCUAAAAGUUUGGACGGCUAUGAGGUUCAUGUGGUUGACCUUUUAAUAUCUUGUGUUAAAACUGUCACCUUUGUGCUUUUUAAUGUCAACAUAUUCCCCUGACUUUCAUCUGAAUUCAUUGUGAGGAGGGUGUAUUAUUUAUGACAGCAGAUGGCAUAAUGCAAAUACUGGAACGUAAGAUAAUGUGUAACCUAAAGGAAGACUACUUCAGCAAAUUCAAAAGAUUUAAGACAUUCUCUCUAAACGUCUCACCAAAAGUAAUAGUCAUUUAUCUCAUGCUGGCAAGUGUUUAACCAAGUGUUGAAAAUGAAUAAUUUAGUGUAAAUUAGUUCAACUCAGUGUCAGUAUUUCUGCUUUCAGUAUUUUGUCUCAGUGUCACACUACUGCCACCUAUCUACAGCUACUGGAACAGGAUCACUGUCCUGAGCAUCAAUCAAAAUGUUAAUUUGUAUGAAUAUUAAUCUGUAUUUUUAAAACCCCUUUGUAUUUAUGAGGCCUGUUAUGUUGUAAAUUUAUAUUUACACAAGUGUUACUGUGGUCACUGGCGGUGUAGUUUUGUUUAGGCUUUUAGAGUGUUGAUGGUUGUAAAUAGCUCUGGACUACAUGUGCCUCAGUUAAACAUAUUUAGGAUGGACUCAGCAUACAUGUGCAUUUUCUUUAGCGUGUGUGCGUGUGUGUGUGUGUGUGUGUGUGUGUGCGUGCGUGCGUGUGC